CAACGAAUUUAAACAUGCAAAGUUUCGACGAGAGAUAAACCGGAGUGAAAACAUUGAAAGACGAUAAAUAAGUUUGUACUUUAAAAUGACGGAAAAAAAUCUGGCGGCGGUGUUUUACAAACAAGGAGAUAUUCGUCUGCAAGAAACAAAAAUACCAGAGCCUGCUGCAGGACAAGUACAGAUCCGUAUAGAAAACGUUGGUAUAUGCGGCUCGGAUUUAAGUUUUUGGGAACGGGAUGGAAUCCCUGGUGUACUCGAAGGUGGAGCCCCCUUUGCCAUCGGACACGAGGGAGCAGGUGUUGUUUCUAAACUUGGACAAGGUGUAACAUCUCUGAAGAUUGGCGACAAAGUUGCACUUGACCCGCUUUUCAACUGUGGACACUGUACCGAUUGUAAGACUGGGCGAUACAACUUAUGCACAGGUGCAACUAUAUGCGGUUUUCCCGAGCAGUGGGGUUACAUGACACGACUUUUUGUGCAAAAUGCUGAACAUUGUUUUCAAUUCCCAAGCCAUGUCAGUACAGAGGAAGGUGCCAUGUUGGAGCCUCUAGCUGUCGCCCUACAUGCAUGCCGCCGUGCUGGUGUAAGUGCAAACAGCAAAGUUCUGAUCACUGGGGCAGGACCUAUAGGUUUACUGGCCAUGAUGAGCGCUAAGGUGUUUGGUGCUUCAAGUGUUUGCAUGACAGAAGUGAACGAAACUCGAAUUAAACUGGCAAAACAGCUGGGAGCGGAUUACGUCCUGAAUGUGACGUCAAAGGAACCACGUGAUGUUGCAAAAUCGGUUGAAGAAUGUUUUGGCGAGAAGCCUAACAUGGCAAUAGAGUGCAGUGGAGCUCAAAGUGCCAUGUGUGCAGCCAUUUAUGCAACACGAUCUGGUGGUUGUAUGACACAGGUUGGCCUCGGGGACGCGAAAGUUACCGUACCACUCACUGAUGCGUCAUUUAGAGAAGUAGAUAUAACAGGAGUUAGAUCAAACCUCUACUGUACUCCGCUAGCGGCAGACUUAGUAGCAUCUGGUCGUAUUGACGUCAAGCCUCUCGUCACUCAUAGAUAUGAGUUAGAAAACGUCGCUGAAGCUUUUAAAAGAGCACAUUUACGUAAAGGUGGAAAGGUCAUGGUCAGAUGCAGCAAGGACUAAAUGUAUAUAUCCCUGGGCAUCCUCAGCACAUAACAACAAAGAGUCUUUUCCUUACUUUAUUAUAUUUUAGAUAAAGUAAGGUUUCUGAAGCUUCAGAUAUCAAUUAAAUGUAUGUUCAAUUUGAAAACAAUGGUGUGUAUGUGUAUGGUGUAUGUUAGAAAUGGUGUUUUGUGUUGAAGGCCGCGAACGAGAAAGACUUCGUCAUAAAAGUACAUGUGUAUAUACAAUUUUAUUAUUUUUUUCUCAGAUUUGACUUGCACUGAAAUGGCCUGCACUGAAACAUUGUAAUUUGUCUACUUUAACACGAAAUAUUGCUUUUGUAUUGUAUAUUCACUCGCUUGAAACAAUAUAAACUAGUAUUUAAACCUU